AUGCAGAGAAAGCAACAGGAGCCACACAGAGCAGCAGCAGCAGGCCAACUCCCUGUACUGCUCUUCAACCAGAGGAAGAGAAACAGAGUUCCUCUGACCUCUGCUCCCUGUGAGAACAACUUCUUCUCCCACAGUGAAUACAUUCAAAGCCCCAGCUCAGCUGCUCCUCAGAACUCCUCUGGUGUGUAUGGAGGUCACCCAGCUACAGGACAGUCUUCUGGUACCCCACAAAGCCAUCAAUGGAGCGUUCCUCAGGCUGCUCCGCGCCAGCAGUAUGGCAGCAACAAAUCUGCUCCUGGACCCUUCCCUGCAAAGAAAUCAUACACAUGCAUGCCACAUCCAUACAAAGCUGGAGCCACAAGCUCCAUGGUGGGACAAUCUGGGAACCCAGUCAGACAACAGCUCCAAUUCAGCUCCAAAGCUAACUCAAAACAGAGCCAAUACCAAGGUGUUCAUGGUGGUGAGAGUCCAAAAAGUGUGCCAGCACCGCAUACAGGGUUUUCUCAGAUGUCUCAGCAGUCAAGUCGUAAGCCACCCAUCCCUGUAAACCAGUAUUCCCAGCAGUCUAGACCUGUUCCUCCUACCCAAACAACACCCGAGAGGUCCUCUGCCUACACUUUUAAGUCACCAAACAACUCCUGGAAAUUUACAAACAGCUUUGAGGGGGAGAAUUCAUCGUUUGUGAAAAAGAAGAGUUCAAAUCAAUCUCAAACUGCUCAACCACCUAAAACUCAGCGUGAAACCCUUCCAGAGAAACCAGUGGUUGAGAACUCGCUGAGAAUCCUGACUGCUACCAUUGACGGAAUGAGACACUGGAGCCAGUUUAAAGACAAAGUGUCGUAUUUAUUUGAGAUUUUUGCUACCUUGGACUCUGCGGUUACACUGGGGCGCUUUGGAGCCAAGAACUUCCUCAUGAGCAACGGGAAGGAGGUUGUGCAAUGUGUCUUUUAUGAAAAUGAGCAGGCACUGCCUCGUCUUAUCCGUGGUCAGGUCCAUCGCUGCGUAGGCAACUACGACCGCGACAGAGACGUCCUGAUCUGUGUGUCUGUCAGGCCCGGCCUGCCCUCAGAGCUGAGGAAUGCCCAGCAAGCCGUCAAAGCUUGUGAUGCAGAAAUGAGAGCACUUGUGAAGACGCUCAGUGAAGUCUGA